UGGCUCCUUUCAGACAAACGCUUGUAGAACUGGAAUGCUGUUUGUUAGAACAAGUUACAAGUACUGAUCGAGCGGAAGCGGGCGCUGGGGGUGCGUGCCAAGGGGCUGAAUCUCGAGCCGGUUUAGCAGCAGUGAGGAUCGUGCAGCUCGGAGCUGGGGCCGUUUGAGAGCGGAGAAGCGCUCUUUAUUCCUAUAUAUUUCAGACUGAUUACCGGCGUUUCAAAUCCCGAUUUUUUUUUUUUGCCGGGGCUGGAAGGAAUCGCUCGUCGACUCUAUCGCUGCCAACACCAGUUUUGUACGGAGAGUGACUUGUGCAAGAGUCAGCCAUGGUAAAUAACAGGAACUCAGAGUCUGGAAGCACUACAGUCAGCAGUAAUAGUUCACCACCUAAAGCUUGUGCUGGCUGCGGAGGGAAGAUUGCUGACCGUUUCCUCCUAUAUUCCAUGGAGCGAUAUUGGCAUAUACGUUGUCUCAAGUGCUCCUGCUGCCAGGCCCAGCUCGGGGAGAUUGGCACAUCCUGCUAUACAAAGAGUGGCAUGAUUCUUUGUCGGAAUGACUAUAUUCGGUUGUUUGGCAACAGUGGAGCAUGCAGUGCGUGUGGACAGUCCAUUCCUGCCAGUGAGAUGGUGAUGCGGGCACAAGGCAAUGUGUACCACCUGAAGUGUUUCACUUGUGCCACGUGCAGAAACAGACUUGUACCUGGGGACAGGUUUCACUACAUCAAUGGGACAAUCUUCUGUGAACAUGAUCGCCCCACAGCACUUCUAAAUGGGCACUUAAAUGCACUCCAGAGCAACCCCCUGCAAAGUAACCCAAUGCUUCCUGAUCAGAAGGUUUGUUAAAGAACAAAUAAAGAAAAUUUGAGCCCUGGUGCCUUCUGCUAACUCGAAGUUAUCGAUUUCACAUCCUAUCCCCAGCCCACAAUUGUCGUGCUUCUGUUGUGAUGCUGCACAAUUGACCAUGUUGUUGCUGGACUAUAACUUAUUUUUCAAAAAACAAAAACUCACUUGUGAUGCAAGAAGAACAGCAAUGAAGCAUGGGAGGGGGUGACUUUAUCCGUGGAGAUCCACCUCUGUCUUCUGGCAGGCUUUUCUUCUUGAAAAUUUGGAGCAUGACUUUGAUAAGAGACUAUGUAAAAACCUAUAAUCCAAGGUUUUGUCAGUUUUUCUCUUUAUUUUUAUUCACCGUGGUGGGGCAAAUUCUUCCUCACAGCCCCAAAGCUUAGGGUGCUGUCCAGAAAGUAUUUUCUCUUUGGAUAGUUACUCGUGUAACACAUUCCUGCUCACAUUAAAUUCACAAACUUAAAAUAAGUACAAAAAAAAAAAAGGAGUCUGGUUCUCCUUGGAGCCUUACAGCGGGCAGUGAAAAUUUUUAGUAUGAGACAUUUGAAAGUGAAAGGGGCAGGGAUAUUACUGUUACACUGUUUUUAAAGCACUCCCCAUUUUCAAUUGAAUUUGUAUGUAUUUUAAAAUGAACGAAGGUGCAUUUUAUUUUUCUGUACAUUGUGGUUCUUGUCUCUUCAAGACGUAUAGAUUUUGAGCUGUUGUAUAUGCAAAAAUUCAGAGAGUGAAAAAAGCCAGCUUAAAAAUGUAAAUAUUUAAAAAAAAGGCUAAACAAAGUAUUGUGCAUUUAUUGUCAGGUUUUUAUUAUGUUUAAAUUUACUGGUGUAUUGUACUCCACUUUGUAAACAAAAGACUUAUCCUGUAAGUAGAGUGGAGGAGUGGAGGCUGCGGCUUUCCUAGAUUGCACUUUGCAUUGCUGUCUUUUUUUGUUGAAUAUUAAAUCUUAAUUUCCAUGACAGUAA